UCAGCCUCGAAAUUCGGAAGCGUGGGUGUUGAAGGGCGGAGGGGAGAUCGGGGAGACGCGCCGACGCAGAGGUGGUGGUCUCGACGUCGAGGUGUCACGGCGAUAUUUCGUGCAGUUAGUUGGCGCGCGGGGCCCCGGUGACUGGGACGGGAAAAGAUAGGCGCUCCGUAUAAAAGGAGAGACAAGAGACACAGGGACAAGAGGCAAACGAACAGGAUAAAUUAUAAAACGGAGUGACGACCACAGAGUGACGACGACCAAGACGACCACGAAGACGACCGAAGAUAUUUUCAUUCGUAUACCUACGCGCACACCCCAUUUCUUUCUUUCUUUCUUUCUUUCUUUCUUUCUUUCUUACAUUUUCGCUUUUCACUUUCGAGAAAUCGCGAGAAGUGCGCGAGAAAUCACGUCGACGAGCCGCGAGCUCGGCACCGACAUUCGACGACAGAACGUCGCGGUAUAACCGCCAAGGUGCCACCAGGAAUCCAGAGAUAACAGGAUUUUCCACGUAAAUUGGAUAUUAAACAGCUCGCUUCAAGUUCAGAGGAGGACCUUGGGAAGCGAGGAGAGAAGGACAUCGGUUGGAUGGUGCCGCGGGUCGGUGCCGUUUGAACCAUUUCCCAAACCGACCGUCCGGAUUUUCAUUUGGAAAGAAGAGAGGGAAGAAAAUAAGGGAGGGAAAGCUCUCGAUUCCGAAGGCGAGAGGGUGGCGCGCCACCCGAGAAAUUUGCGGUAAAGGGAGGUGCGAAGGCGGCCCAACAACAUGGGGGUCGCCGACGAUUUCGCGCCGAGCUUCACCCAGAAGCCGCAACUCAGGCAAGAGGACGACGGCAACAGACUGAUCUUCGAAUGUCAACUGGUCAGUUCGCCGAAACCGGAGAUAUCAUGGUUCCGCGGGGAGACCGAGCUCAGUCCAGAUUCAAGGACCAACUUCAGGAUGCAGAGCAUCGGGACGAACAAGUUCCUGGUCGUCUUGGAGCUCGACGACGUUAUCGAGACGGACGCGGGUCUGUACAAGGUCAAGGCCAAGAACAAGAUGGGCGAGGUCGCGGCUUCGAUUAAUCUCAAUUUCAGUCCUGUGGAUGAGCCUAGGGAGAAACAAAUCGAUGGAAUCGCGCCAACUUUUGCGAAAAAGCCCGCUAUUCGACAAGAAGACGAUGGAAAACGAUUACUUUUCGAAUGUCGUAUCACAGCCGAUCCCACGCCAAAAGUAACGUGGUUUCACGAUGGAAAUAUGGUCAAAGAUUCACCGAGGCACAAGCUCACCGUCGACAAAGACGGCCACUCGUACUUCGCGACGUUGGAAAUAAAAAAUGUGACCGUCGAGGAUGCUGGCAAAUAUAAGGUCACCGCGAAGAACGAGCUCGGCGAAUCUAACGCUACUAUUUCCUUAAAUUUCGACAGCGACGAGGCGCCCGUACCUGACGACGGUAUUAAACCGACAUUCACCGAACGACCGGUGAUAAGGCAGUCAGACGACGGUAACACCAUCACCUUCGAAUGCCGAUUAGUCGGCGACCCGAAACCAAGUGUCAAGUGGUAUCACGGUAACGAAGAGGUGAAAGAAGGCGGAAGAUUCAGCAUGUCGCUGGAACUCGAUCAGAAGCUGUACCACCUCGCGAGGUUAAAGAUCGACAGCGUGGCGAAGGGCGACGCCGGGGAAUACAGAGCGGUCGCGAAGAACAACCACGGCCAGGGAGUGGCGACGAUUAACUUGAACUUCGAGGGGGGUGACAAGCUAAAAAUACCAGACGGUAAACCACCGCGUUUCCCAAAGAAGCCGACUAUUCGACAAGAAGGGGACGUGUUGAUUAUGGAGUGUAUCUUGGAAGCGUAUCCGGUACCGGACAUCACUUGGUACCAGGGCCAGAAACCGAUCACCGACAGCAAACGCGUCAAGAUGUCACGCAAGGCGACUGGAAAGGACGCUUAUUUGCUCACGCUCGAGAUCUCGAAUCCGACCAAGGCCGACGGCGGAAAUUACCGAUGCAACGCGUUUAACAACUUUGGCGAGAGUAACGCCAACAUCUCCCUCAACUUCCAAGAUGCAGAAGAAGGGCCUGGUUUCGCACCGACGUUCGUCGAGAAACCCCGCAUCAUUCCGAACGAAACCGGCACCUUGAUCACGAUGAAGUGCAAAUGCAAGGCGAAUCCGAAACCAGAAGUCACGUGGUUCCGUGGGAGCAACGUCGUCAAGGAAUCUUCCAAGAUUUCCAUCAAGACGAAAACUGUAGAGGAGGAUGUUUACGAGUUAAUUAUGGAGAUCAAGGAUCCGUCAGCACCGGACGGUGGCACUUACAGGUGUCACGUGAAGAACGAAUACGGCGAGAGCAACGCUAAUCUGAACCUGAACAUCGAGGCCGAGCCGGAACCGGAAGGUGACGGUCCGACCUUCGUCCAGAAACCGCGCAUUCAGUCCCAGGAUCAGGGGAAACUCGUAAUCAUGGAUUGCAAAGUGAAAGCCAAUCCGAAACCCGAAAUCGUAUGGACACACGCCGGCAAGGUGGUGAAGGAGUCCUCCAAGAUCUCGAUCAGCGUCGUUCAAGAGAAGGAGGAUAUCUAUUACAUCAAGUUAACCCUCAGCGAUCCAGGACCCGAAGAUUCUGGCUUGUACAAGUGUAAUAUUAAAAACGCUCUCGGUGAAUUGAACGCCAAUCUGACGCUGAACGUUGAAAUUAUACCUGUGAUCAAGGAAAAACCAAAAGUCAUAAAGAUCGUGAAGAAGAGAACCGUCGUGGUCGAGUGUCACGUCCUUUCCAAGUUUACGCCAGAAUGUACUUGGUUCAAGGAAACGCAAGCAGUGAAAGAAGAUACAAGGCAUAAAGUGCACGUGGAGCAAGUGAAGGAAGGAGAAUUCGCUGUGAAAUUAGAAAUCGAGCAAAUCACAUCUUCCGACAAGGGUACCUACAAGUUAGUGGCUCGAAACGAGAAAGGAGAGGCAACGUCCCAGGUCGUGGAGGUGACGGAGAUUAUGGAAGAAGGCGAGAAACCAAAGAUAGUAUCCGGCUUGAAGUCGGCGACGAUCGAGGAAGGUAAAUCGAUCGAAUUUAUCGCCAGCCUUUCCAAGCAAGAUCGCAAAGUUACUAUCACGUGGUACAGAGAUUCUACGGUAGUGAAAUCUGACAAAGAUAUUAUGAUAUCCUUCAAUGGUACAGACAUGAAAAUGACCAUCACGUCUGCUUCUACUUCACACUCGGCAACCUACAAAGUUGUUGUCAGCAACGAAUUCGGUCAAGAUGAAUCGUCCGCACGGCUCGUCGUCAAGAAGGUUGAAAAGAAGGAGGAAAAGAAGGAGGAAGAGAAGAAGGAGGAAAAGAAGGUGGAAAAGAAAGAAGAGAAGAAGGAGGAAAAGAAAGAAGAGAAGGACAAACCCGACAACAGACCGAAUGGUAUCGACAAACCUGGUUCUAAGAAGAAAUUGGAAGUUUUACAGAAGAAACCAGAAGAAAAGAAAAAGAAAGUUGUGAAGAAAGAAGAAGAAAAGAAGGAGGUAAAGGAAGCCACGUUGAAAGCGGAAAAAAUGGUAUCUCGCAAACAGUCUAUCAGUAGAAUAGAAGAAUUACGGACGGAAAGCCGACGAAGUUCUCUGGUGUCGACCGAAGAAAAGAUGCUCGAUGAUGGCCGCAGAACCCCGCGACGCUUUUCUAUCCAAAAGACCGAAGAAGAAGUCAAGACGGAAAGCCGACGGUCUUCCAUUGUCGAAACGAAAGUGUCAGCAGAAAAGGUAGAUAAAGUGACUCCGAUGUUUAAGCCUGCAUUAACACCAACACAAUACACAAAGAUUCUACCAAAAGUGAAUGUUAAACAUUACGAACCGGAAUCUAGCGAUGAAAUAGAGGAUAUUUGGGCCUCGGUGGCAAAAGAGCCUGAAAUAAGAUCCAUUAGAAAAAAAGAGGACACUCCAAUCGUAAAACGUUUAUCUAUUACGCAGAAAUCUCGUGCGAUACCCAACGCUGAGAAAAAGCCACAACCAGAUCACGCUAGACGCGACGAAUUGCCAGUUGUUAAACACGAGGAUGCACUCACCGCAUUACACAAGCCUACACCACAUUCACGCAAACCUAGUAAAGCAAUCGAGGUUUCCUCUGAAUCACGACCUAGUGCACGCGACAAGAAAUUAACCAGAAACGGCGAGGAUAAGACAAAAUCUAAAGUUAAUUCGCGAUUACACGAACCGAAUGACGAAAUAGAGGACAUUUGGGCGGGUAGACCGGAGGAUUACGAAAUUAAAUCCAUAAGAAAGAUAGAAGCACAGGGUAUACCAAUGACAACAACUAAAUCAUAUGUUCAAGAACCGAAAGAUGAAAUAGAGGACAUCUGGGCAGAUAGGCCACAGGAACCUGAAAUUAAAUCUAUCUGGAGAGAGGCACCACAAAAAACUAUCACAGACUUAUCGCAAACACAGUACACAGCUGCAAAGGAUACUGGCGAACCGAAUCUGAACGAAUCGAACGACAAACCUGACACGUUGAAAGAUAAAUCAGAAACACCGUUACUAAAGUCGACCGACAAAGUAGAGGAGGUGACUAAACCGAAAGUUAAAAAAAUUCGUAAAAAGACUGAAACGGAUAAGAAAGGGGAAGCGAAACCGAAAUCUACCUCUCGCAAACUUGACGAUGCGAGCAAGAAAAAAGAACCAAUCAAAAGACGUAGGUCAUCGGCAAAAUCAACGGAGGGGUCUAAGGACGGAAAGCCUACGUUAGAUUCAAAGCAAAAGGAUACUAUUCCCAACGACGUGCAGAAGAAGGAAGUCGUCGCUAAAGCUAAGAUCGUCGGGAAGGAAGAGAAGAAGGAGGAACUCAAACUCACGUCCAAAGUAGAAGAAUCUAAGAAAACAGAACCCUCGAAACCACAGACCACACUCGGUAAACCCGAGGAGCCUAAGAAAGAGGAACCUGCCCCGAAACCCAAGACUCUCCUCGGUAAACCCGAAGAGGCGAAGAAGGAAGAACCUCCUGCGAAACCUAAGGCCACACUUGCUAAACCUGUGGAGGCAAAGAAGGAAGAACUGCCUAUUCUGAGAAAGACCACGCUUGGUAAAUCCGAACAGCUGAAGACGGAGGAACAAGCAAGGAAGCUCAGUCUGAAAGCUGGAGUAAAGAUCGAGGAGGAGGCGAAGAAGUUGAACAAGGUGGAACUUAAAAAAGUCGAGAAGGUGGAAAAGACGGAAGCUAAGAAAGCGAAAACGACGAAGGGCGCGAAGGAGAAGAGUUACGAGCUUCCGGAGAUCCCAGAUUACGAACGACCAGUUCUAGAGAAGCCACAGGAAUUCGAUUUCGGCGAUCGUGCGCCUCGAGACAAAACCAAGCUCGAGAGACCUGCCACACAGAAGUUCGAUUCUAAGCCAAAGGUGCCAGAAAUCAAAGCACCCGAGACACCGAAGAUCGAAGUGAUCAAGGACGUGACUCCAGCGGGAAGUAGAAAGAGCUCGCUCGUACCCGGUAGUGGCACGACCAGUCGACGGGGUUCCUUGAUACCGCCGGAAGAAUUGGGUCGCAGACCCAGUUUGAUUAUCAGUGACGAGAAUAGAAAGCUGCGACCUGGCGAGGUGGUGGACGAGCGCAAGUUGGGAAGGUUACGCCCCGGCGAGGUGUUUGACUCUAAGCGUCGUCGUCCGAGCGCGGACGUCAGAAGACCCAGCGUGGCGGACCUCGAGAAUAAGAUCAACCAGCCUAGCACACCUCUCCGAGAUGUUGGACCUCCGGGACCACCUCAAAUCGUCGAUGUCCAGGAAUCAUAUUCCGCCGUUGAAGACUCGACGGCGUAUCUCACGGUUGGGGUGGAGGGCACGCCCGCGCCGACCUUCAAGUUCUACAAAGGAAUCACCGAGAUCAUCGAAGGUGGCCGAUUCAAGUUCCUUACGGACACAGAGACCAAUACGAUCACCCUCUGCAUGAGGAAGACGAAGCCCAACGACGAGGGCACUUACAAGAUCGUCGUGAGCAACAUCCAUGGCGAAGAUUCUGCCGAGAUGCAGCUCUACGUUUCCGACGCCAGUGGUAUGGACUUCCGUGCUAUGCUGAAGAAGAGAAAGUAUCAGAAAUGGGCGAGAGAGGAACAGGAACAAGAGAAGGUAGACUUGAAGGAAGUGGAGAAACCUAUGCCGGCGUUGAAGAAAGUUGAAAAGAAAGCGGAAAGUUUCCUCAAACCACUGGUGGAUCAGUAUGCCAAAGAGGGCAAAGACAAAAAGGUCGUCUUCGAGGCGAAUUUCUCGAAACCGAACUGCAAACCGAAAUGGUUCUUCCGAAAAGACGAGCUAUUCCCUUCGGCGAAAUACAAGUUCAAGAAUGAGGAAGAUUGUUAUCAAUUGAUUAUCACGAACCCUAAAGUUGAAGAUACCGGAAAGUACUCGAUUGAAAUAUCUGGUAUCACGAGCACAGCCUUCCUCAACGUCGAAGAACCGGACCCAACGUACACCUUCACCAAACCACUUUCCAAAAAGUCGAGCGGCUACACCAAACACGAAGUUUACAUGGAAUGUACCGUCAGCUCGAACCUCGCUCAAGUUACGUGGUACAAAGGAAAGACCAAGCUGGAGGACGGCGAUACGUACAGUAUAUCGAAGGAUAUGAGCGGCGUGUGCCGGCUGACUAUAAAGAGUGCUACGCUUGAAGAUAGCGGCGAAUAUAUUUGUAAAAUUAACAAACAAUCCGACAAGACUGAGACGGUUCUAACCGUCGUUGAAUAUCCUUACAAAUUCGUCAAAGUUCUCAAGUCCCAGCAAAUCGUGGAAAAAGAAACGUUGACGCUGGUGUGCGAGCUCGACGAUGCUGGUGGUGAGGUGAAAUGGUUCAAAGGCGACCAAGAAAUUGUACCCGACAAGAGGGUGCAAAUCAAAGAGGACGGCAGGAAGAGGAAGCUCAUCGUCAAAGACGUAAAAGUCACCGAUGCUGGUCUCUACUCUUGCGUGAGCAAUGCCGACAAGACUGAAGCUGAAAUAGUGAUAAGCUACGCGAACCGCUUCAACAAGAAACUGAAGGACACGGUAGCUGUAGAGAGAGAAAAGUUGGUGCUCGAUGUAGAACUUCAAGACCAAACUGCACCCGCGGUGUUCAAGUUCAACGGCAAAGAAAUCGAACCGAACGACAGGAUCGAGAUCAAGAAUUUGGGCGGUGGCAAGCAUCAGUUAGUCUUCAACCGAGUAGAAAUGAGCGACGACGGUGAAAUCACCUGCGAGAGUGGACAGUUAACGAGCAGCUGCAAGCUUACCGUGAAGAAAGGCGAGAGCAAACCUAUCUGCGAAGUACCUGAUAAAGUGGAAGGUCCUUGCAACGCACCGAUCGUAUUCGUUAUACCGUACAAGAUCGAGGGCACGAAACAGAGCCAGGUGGAAGCUAAACUGUUGAAAGACGGAAAAGCGCUACCGUUGAAGGAAGUGGAGAUAGUCGUUAGUGAAGAUAAGAUCACUUUCAAGAUCAAGAAACCUUCUCGUGAUCAAUCUGGUGUCUACCAAAUUAAGAUUGGUAACAGCCAAGGAGAGGAAGUGAAGGAUGUACAUAUUAACAUGCAAGACGUACCAUCACCGCCCACGGACGUUGACGUUAACGAGAUCUUCCAAAAUUCCUGCGUGGUGUCGUUCAAACCUUCCAAGGACGACGGUGGAUCCCCUAUCGUGAAAUACGUGAUCGAGCGCCUCGAUCUCAGCUUGAAGGCGCAAUGGGACAGCGUUGGAGAAGUGAUGCCCGGCGAGAAAUGCGUCUACAAAGUUCAAGAUCUUGUCGCGAAGAAAGAGUACAAGUUCCGCAUAAGAGCGGUGAACAAACUUGGCUCCAGCGAACCAGCGAUGUUCGCUAAACCGGUUCUCGCGAAGGAUCCAUGGGAUGAGCCAGGUAAACCAGGGAACGUGGAGGUCGUGGAUUGGGACAAGGAUCACGCUGACUUGAAAUGGACGAAACCGGAGAACGACGGCGGAGCACCGAUCACGGGCUACAUAAUAGAGUACAAAGAGAAGUUCGGCAAAGAAUGGGUGAAGGGUAAGGAAAUCGAAGGCGACGUCACGGAAGGUACCAUCGACGGCCUGAAGGAAGGCACGCAAUACGAAUUCAGGAUCAGAGCCGUGAAUAAAGCCGGUCCUGGUGAACCUUCGGACGCCACGAAACCGAUCAUAGCUAAAUGUCGAUUCGUCAAACCGUACAUCGUUGGCGACGGCCUGACCAACCUGAUCGUGAAGAAAGGACAAGUUAUCAAGUACGAUAUCAAGUAUGCCGGUGAACCCGAACCGGAGGUGCAUUGGUUCCUCGGUCAGAAAGAGCUGGUCCAAGAUUCCGCGGAAAGAAUCACGAUCGACAAAUACGAAAGAAACACGGUGCUGACCGUGAGAAAGACGACUAGACCAGAUUCAGGCAAAUACAAGCUGGUUCUAUCCAACAGCUCUGGAACCUGCGAAAGCAUCGCAGACGUCGUUGUUCUCGACAAACCGUCGCAACCGAAAGGCCCACUGAAGGUAGAGGAAGUCCGUGCCGAUCACGUGAAAGUGAAGUGGCAAAAGCCCGAUGACAACGGUGGCAGCGACAUUACCGGAUACGUUCUGGAAAAAAUGGACAUGGAAACAGGACGGUGGAUCCCUGCCGGGGAAGUCGGUCCGAACGAGGACAGCUUCACCUUCUCUGGCUUGACGCCUAAGAAGAAGUACAAGUUCCGCGUGAAAGCCGUGAACAAAGAGGGUGAAUCCGAACCGCUCGAAGUGGACGAAGCUAUUCUUGCGAAAAAUCCCUACGACGAGCCUGGUAAACCUAGUAAACCGGAAAUCUUCGACUACGACAACGUCAGCGUAUCAUUGAAAUGGAAUAAACCAGAGAGCGACGGCGGUAGGCCGAUCACUCACUACACCAUCGAAAUGAAGGACAAAUUCGCGGUGGAUUGGGUUGAAGUGACCAAAACCGCCGACGCCACGACGGAAGGAAAGGUCGAGGGACUGAAAGAGAAGAUGGUCUACCAAUUUCGCGUUCGCGCUCACAAUAAAGCUGGUCCAAGCGAACCCAGCGAACCUACAGACAACCACGUUUGCAAACACAGGAACCUUAAACCGAGAAUCGACAGAACCAACUUCAAAUCCGUGAUUAUCAAGGCUGGACGUACGCACAAAUGGUCCGUGGACAUCACGGGAGAACCGCCUCCAGAAGUCAGAUGGAUCUGGAGAGAUAACAUCGCUCUAACCAACACGGAACGCAUCAAGAUCGACAACGUCGAUUAUCACACGGACUUUACCAUUGUGAACGCGAUGCGUAAAGACACCGGAAAGUACACCCUGAUUGCGGAGAACGUUAACGGCAAAGACGAGGAGACUGUGGAACUCACGGUUCUCGGCAAACCGGACGCGCCGAAGGGUCCGCUAGAAGUGACGGACGUGACCGCGACCUCGGCCAAAGUGAAAUGGGAGAAACCGGAAGAUGACGGCGGUGUUCCAAUCAAGGAAUACGAGAUCGAAAAGCUGGACACGAAGACUGGCAAAUGGGUGAGAGUAGGAAAGAUUCCAGGAAAUUCGCCGCUCACGGAAUUCGAGGUGACAGGAUUAAAUCCAGGCAGCGAGUACAAGUUCCGCGUUACCGCCGUUAACGACGAAGGUGAUUCCGAGCCACUUGAGAGCGAACGGCCAAUCAUCGCCAAGAAUNNNNCAGACGAGCCUCUCAAGCCUGGAACACCAGAGAUAACUGACUACGACAACGAGUCGAUAAGCUUGAAAUGGACUCCUCCGGCUUCGGAUGGUGGUGCACCGAUAGAGAAGUACAUAAUCGAGAAGAAAGAUCGUUACAAGCCAGAUUGGGAGAAGGCGAUGGAAGUACCUGGAAAUCAACUGGAAGCGAAGGUAGCCGAUCUGAAAGAACGAGGAGAAUAUCAAUUCAGGAUCAUCGCUGUGAACAAAGCUGGACCUUCUCCUCCUUCGGACGCUUCUAAGAUGCAAAUAUGCAAACACAAAGCCCUGAAACCAAGAAUCGAUCGUACAAACUUGAAACCUAUUCUGGUGAAAGCUGGCAAAGUGAUCAAAUUCGACGUGGACGUUCGCGGUGAACCACCCCCAGAGAUCACUUGGUAUCAUGCCAAAGACGAGGUGAAGAGUGGUGACAAUAUCGAAAUCGUCAACGUCGAUUACAAUACCAAGCUGACUAUUAACGACUGCGUGCGCAAAAAUACCGGAGUAUGGAAGAUCAAGGCUGUGAACCAGCAUGGUGAAGACGAGGCGGAAGUCGAGGUUACGAUACUCUCGGCGCCUACGAAACCAAAGGGCCCUUUGAAAGUGUCCGAUGUCACCAAGAGCGGAUGCAAGCUGAAAUGGGACAAACCGGAAGACGACGGUGGCGUACCUAUUACCGGUUACGUAGUCGAGAAACUCGAUAAAGCUACCGGAAGAUGGAUACCAGUUGGACGCACCGCGGACACCGAAAUGGACGUGAAGGGUCUCCAAGAAGGUCACGAAUACGAGUUCAGAGUGAAAGCGGUGAACGAGGAAGGCGAAUCCGAACCACUGGUCACCGAAAGAACGACCGUUGCAAAGAAUCCGUAUGACGUAGCCAGUAAGCCCGGUGUACCAGAGUUCGAGGACUGGGACGUGGAUCGCGUCGACUUGAAAUGGGAACCACCGAAAGACACCGGAGGUGCGCCUAUUACGGGUUACAUCAUCGAAAUGAAAGAGAAACCAUCGACGAAUUGGCAGGAAGCCCUCGUAACCGACUCCCCGCAACCAAAGGGACGCGUUACCGGAUUGAAGAAAGGCUCUGUAUAUCAAUUCCGCGUGCGUGCUGUGAACAAGGCUGGUCCAUCCGAACCAAGUGACUCAACCAAGCCACACGUUGCAAAGGCACGAUUCUUGAAACCGCACAUCAAUCGUGACAAAUUGCAAACGAUUAAAGUGAGAGCGGGUCAAAUGGUGAAACUAGAAGUGGACAUCGAAGGUGAACCACCUCCAACCGUUACCUGGCACUUCGAUGGCGCGGUUCUUCAGACCGGAGCCAACGUUAAAAUCGACAACGAGGAUUAUCUGACCAAGAUUCACUUAACCAACACCUCUCGCAAGCUCAGCGGCAAAUACACCAUCAAAGCUGUUAACGAUUCUGGACAAGACGAGGCUGACGUGGAGAUUAUCAUCCUCGACAAGCCUGGGAAACCCGAAGGUCCCUUGGAAGUGACAGACGUGCACAAGGAAGGAUGCAAGUUGAAAUGGAACAAACCGAAAGACGACGGCGGUCUGCCUCUGUCCAGUUACAUAGUGGAGAAAAUGGACGUGACUACGGGUAGAUGGGUGCCAGCUGGAAUCGUUGAUCCGGAAAAAACUGAACAGACUAUAACCGGCCUGGAGCCUGGCAAGAAAUACGAGUUCCGCGUGAAAGCUGUCAACGAAGAGGGAGAGUCCGAGCCUUUGCAGACAGACACUGCCAUCGUUGCUAAGAAUCCUUACGAUGCCCCUGCUGCUCCUGGUCUUCCAGAGAUCGUCGAUUGGGCCGAGAACAUGGUGAAACUGAAGUGGGAACCGCCGAUACGCGACGGUGGUGCACCUAUUACCGGCUACAUUAUCGAAAUGAAGGAUAAAUUUGGUACUACCUUUGUGAAAGCGGCAGAAGUCGAGGGGCCGGUUUGUACGGGAACUGUGACCCGAUUAGAAGAAGGAAAUCAAUACCAGUUCAGAGUUCGAGCGGUGAAUAAAGCCGGUCCCGGUGAACCUAGCGAGGCUACCAAUCCUCACACCGCCAAGGCUCGUUGGCUGAAACCGUUCAUCGAUCGCACCAAUUUGCAACCGAUCACUGUGAAAGUUGGUCUUACCGUGACCCUGGACGUGAACAUCAUCGGAGAACCGCCUCCAGCUGUAACUUGGUCUUUCAACGGCAAAGAACUCGUAUCAGACGACACGAUACGUAUCGAUAACAUCGAUUACAAUACCAAAUUCUUCAUCCUGAAGGCCAAGAGAGCUCAUACUGGAAAGUACGUAAUCAACGCGAAGAACCAAGUAGGCGAGGAUACGGCCGAUAUCGAAAUAAUCGUAAUCGGCAAACCAAGCAAACCAAAGGGUCCUCUGGAAAUAUCCGACGUGCACAAACACGGUUGCAAACUGAAAUGGGAGAAACCCGACGACGACGGUGGUAUACCGGUCGAAUACUACGAGAUCGAAAAGUUGGAUCCUCUCACUGGACAAUGGAUCCCUUGCGCGAAAUCCACGGAACCGGAGGCAACGGUAACCGGUCUCCAAGAGGGCAAGCCCUACAAAUUCCGUGUGAAGGCAGUGAACCGCGAGGGUGAAUCCGACGAUUUAGAAGCAGACAAAUCUAUCGUAGCGAAGAAUCCAUUCGACGAGCCUGGUAAACCUGGUCGUCCAGAAAUCAAGAAUUGGGACAAGGACUUUGUCGAUCUGGAAUGGACAGCGCCCAAGGACGACGGUGGUGCACCUAUCGAGAAAUAUAUCGUGCAGAUGAGAGACAAGGAAGGAAGGCAAUGGAUAGACGUUGCAAAGGUUCUCGGAGACCGUACCGUCGCCAAGGUGACCGAUGGCAUCGAGCCAGGUCACGAGUACGAGUUCAGAGUGGUAGCUGUUAACAGAGCCGGACCCGGGGAACCCAGCAUUUUCCUCUUGGCCCCACGUAUCGACCGCAAGAACCUGCAGAAGAAAGUGAUGCGAGUAGGUCAACUGUUGCGCAUCGAAGCAGACGUAGAGGGUGAACCACCUCCACUUGUUACAUGGAAACUCAAGGACGCUGUGCUGAAGAGCAUGGACCGUCUAAAGAUCGAGAACGAAGAAUACCACACUACCUUCAUCAUAACCAAAUUGCAGAGAUCCGAUGGCGGAACUUACACGGUUAUGGCGAAGAACGACAGCGGCACCGAUCAAGUUGACGUUGAACUGCAGGUAUUGAGCAAACCUGGGAAACCGAAGGGACCACUCGAGGUGUCGGACGUGACCGCAGAGGGAUGUAAAUUGAAAUGGGACAAACCCGAGGACGACGGUGGCGAGCCGGUCGAUCAUUACGUGAUCGAAAGGAUGGACGUUGAUACCGGAAGAUGGGUACCUUGCGCCACGAGCAAAACUCCAGAGGCGGAUGUGACUGGUCUGAACGAAGGCAAGGACUACAUGUUCCGAGUGAAGGCUGUUAAUUCCGAGGGUGAAUCCGAACCCUUGGAAACGCUAAUCCCGACCACAGCCAAGAAUCCUUACACCGAACCAGAUGCUCCUGGCAAACCAGACCUGAAGGACUGGUCCAAGCACCACGUGGACCUAAAAUGGAAAGCACCGAAGAGAGACGGCGGAGCGCCGAUCGAGAAGUAUAUAAUAGAGAAGAAAGAUCAAUACGGAAAGUGGCAGAAGGCGGCUGAAGUUCCUGGAAACAAAACUGAGGGUAGAGUGGAGGAUCUGGUGGAAGGACAAAAGUAUCAAUUCCGUGUGAAAGCGGUGAACAAAGGCGGUCAGAGUAAGCCUAGCGAACCAAGCGACAGCCUGGUAGCCAAGGAUCGUUACGCUGCACCGAAGAUCGAUCGCACGAACUUGAAAGACCUUACGAUCAAAGCUGGUACUCACAUUCGAAUAGACGUGAAGGUUACCGGUGAACCGCCCCCAACUAAGACGUGGUAUCUGAACAAGGCCAAGCAGGAAACUGGUGGCGUGUUGACCAUCGAAUUGGAAGACUACAGAACCAAGUACCUAGUCUCGUCCGCCACCAGAGCUCACACCGGCACCUUGACGCUGAAAGCAGAGAACAGCUCUGGAAAAGACGAAGCGUCGAUCGAGAUUCUAGUUUUGGACAAACCUGGUAAGCCGGAAGGUCCGCUCAAAGUGUCCGACGUACACAAAGAGGGAUGCACGCUCAAGUGGAAUCCACCGUUGGACGACGGUGGCACUCCACUGGACCACUACGUAGUCGAGAAGAUGGACACGGAAACCGGAAGAUGGAUUCCCGUGGGACGCACGAAAGAACCUACCAUGGUCGUAGAGAAUCUGGUGCCCGGACAGGAGUACAAGUUCCGAGUUGCCGCUGUAAACGCAGAGGGUGAAUCGGAACCGUUAGAAACGGAUCAUGGAAUUGUGGCCAAGAAUCCAUUCGACGAGCCAGGCCCACCUGGUCGACCAGAGGCAACCGAUUGGGACAAGGAUCACAUAGACCUAAGAUGGACUCCACCAUUGACCGAUGGUGGAUCUCCAAUCACUGGAUACAUAAUAGAAAAGCGCGAGAAAGACAGUCCAAAAUGGAUAAAGGCUUGCGAAACCGGACCUGAGUGCAAGGGACGCGUCGAUAAUCUCGACGAGGGUGUCGAGUACGAGUUCCGCGUGAAAGCUAUCAACGCGGCUGGUCCCGGUGAACCGUCCGAUACCAGCAAACCAAUUACAGCCAAGAGUCGACGACUUGCACCAAAGAUCGACCGCAAGAACUUGCGCAACCUGACGGUACGCGAGAACGAAGGAUUCCACUUCGACGUGAAGAUCAUCGGAGAACCACCUCCAGACGUCACCUGGGUGAUCAACAACAAGAGCAUCCAACAGACAACCUUCCGUAGAAUUCAGGAUGUACCGUAUAACAGCAAGUUCUUCAACGACAAACCCGAACGAAAAGACAGUGGCAUUUAUAAGAUCACAGCUGUCAAUCAGUAUGGAUCUGACACCGCCGAAGUUGAAGUCACCGUUGUCUCUAAACCUGGCAAACCGGAAGGACCACUCGAAGUGUCUGACAUCCACAAAGAAGGAUGCACGCUGAAAUGGAAGAAACCGAAGGACGACGGUGGCGAACCCAUCGAGGGUUACCUCGUGGAGAAGUUCGAUCCGGAUACGGGAAUUUGGUUACCAGUUGGUAAGACAACAGGACCGGAAAUGAAGGUAGAAGGACUGACACCUGGACACGAAUACAAGUUCAGAGUGAAGGCGCUUAACAAAGAAGGAGAAUCGGAACCUCUGGAGACUUUCAGUUCGAUCGUGGCCAAAGAUCCGUUCACUGUUCCAAGCCCACCUGGAGCACCGGAACCAGUCGACUGGACCGCCAACCAGGUUGAACUGACUUGGAAGGAACCGGUUAGCGACGGUGGAUCACCCAUCACCGGAUACAUCAUCGAAAAGAAAGACAAAUACAGCACGAUGUGGGAGAAAGCUUUGGAAAUCGAGACACCUACCACGAAAGGUUUGGUUCACGGUCUGAUCGAGGGCAACGACUACGUAUUCCGUGUAAUAGCCGUGAACAAAGCCGGUCAAUCGGAGCCUGGUGACACCAGCAAAACGUUCACCGCUAAACCACGCUUCCUGGCACCCAAGAUCGAUCGGCGCAAUCUGCGGGAUGUCACUCUGUCGGCUGGUUCGUUGCUAAGAUUCGACGCUAAUGUGAUCGGCGAACCACCACCACACAUCGAGUGGCGAUACGGCGCUAUUCCUCUGCACUCCGACAGAAAAGUGCAGAUCGACAAUUCCGAGUACAGUACCAAGUUCAGCAUUCGACCAGUCUCGCGUGACGACAGCGGCGAUUACACCGUCACAGCGAGCAAUUCCUCCGGACGAGACUCUGUCACGGUACAAGUCACCGUCACGGACAAGCCAAUGCCGCCGGAAGGACCGCUCCAGGUGACGGACGUUCACAAGGAAGGAUGCAAACUGAAAUGGAAGAGGCCGAAAGACGACGGCGGCACCCCGAUCGAAUACUACCAAGUGGACAAAAUGGACCCAGAGACUGGAUGCUGGGUACCUUGCGGUCGAUCCACCGAGCCUAAUUUGGAGGUGACUGGAUUGACACCGGGCAAAGAAUAUCUGUUCCAGGCUAUCCUAGCUAAGAAUCCAUUCGACGAACCGGGCAAACCUGGCGAUCUUCGCGUCACCGACUGGGACAGAGAUCACGUCGAUCUCGUUUGGUCUCCGCCAACGAGCGACGGUGGAUCGCCGAUUACCGGCUACAUCAUCGAGAAGAAAGACAAAUACGGGGAAUGGGAGAAAGCCCUGGAGGUACCGGCGGACGACACGUCGGCCACGGUUCCCGACUUGAUAGAAGGCCAACCGUACGAGUUCCGAGUGCGAGCCGUAAACAAAGCCGGCCCUGGCGAACCUUCGGACGCAACGCCAACGAUCAUUGCCAAACCGCGAAAUCAAGCACCCAAGAUCGAUCGUACGAAUUUGGUAGAGGUCAGAAUCAAAGCCGGUCAGAACUUCAGCUUCGACGUGAAGGUGUCCGGUGAACCUCCGCCAACCACGAAAUGGAUGUUGGGCAAACGCGAGGUUCGGCCUACCGAACGUAUCAAGGUAAAACACGUCGACUACAAUACCGUCCUCAGUGUCAGAAUGGCUACGAGAGCCGAGUCUGGAAAGUACACCAUCGUUGCGGAGAACAUCAACGGUAUGGACGAGGCAGUCGUGAAGGUGACUGUUUUGGACAAACCUAGCCCACCUCAAGGACCGCUCAGGGCAUCCGACGUGCACGCAGAAGGAUGCAAGUUGACGUGGAAACCACCGGAAGACGACGGUGGUCAACCGAUCGAGAACUACGUCGUCGAGAAAAUGGACGAAGUUACCGGUCGCUGGGUACCGGCAGGAGAAACAGACGGUCCAGAGACCUCUCUGCAAGUCGAAGGACUCACUCCGGGUCACAAGUACAAGUUUAGAGUCCGUGCAGUUAACAAGCAAGGGAAAUCGGAACCGCUCGCUGCUAUGCAGAGCAUCGAAGCGAAGAAUCCGUUCGACGAGCCAGGGAAGCCUGGCACCCCGACCGUCAGCGACUACGACUCAGACUUUGUCGAACUCACGUGGGACCGUCCGCAAGAAGAUGGCGGUUCACCCAUUACCGGUUAUAUCAUAGAGAAGCGAGACAAAUACAGUCCGACAUGGGAGAAAUGCGCGGAAGUUGAGGGAGACGUGAAUCGCGGAAAAGUGCCGGACCUCGUGGAGGGCACGCACUACGAAUUCCGCGUUAGGGCAGUUAACAAAGCCGGACCUGGUGAACCCUCCGACGCUUCUAAAUCUCACCUAGCUAGACCUAAGAAUCUUCCACCGAAGAUCGACAGGAAGUACAUGUUGGACGUGAAAGUGAAAGCUGGUGGCUUCUACGACUUUGACGUUCCAGUUAUCGGCGAACCACCACCGACGAAGCAAUGGUCAGUGAAAGGCACGGUACUCGUACCGACUGAUCGUAUCAAGAUCGUGAACGAGGACUACAACACCAAAGUCCGCGUGGUAGAAGCGAAACGUUCCGAUUCCGGUGUCUACACCCUAGAGGCGAAGAACAUCAACGGAAGGGACAGCGCGACAUUAACCGUGAACGUCCUCGACGUGCCAGCUCCGCCGGAGGGUCCGCUCAAGAUCUCGAAUGUAACGAAGAACGGCUGCAACCUGCAGUGGCGCGCGCCGAAAGACGACGGUGGUUCGGAGAUUCAGUAUUACCAAGUGGAGAAGAUGGAUACGGAGAACAUGCGAUGGGUGCCUGUAGCGGAAGCUACGUCGACCUCUGCCCACGUGGACCAUCUGAUCGAAGGACACGACUAUCAGUUCCGUGUACGCGCGGUGAACAAGCAGGGGGAAUCGUUGCCGCUCACUGGCAUGGAUACGAUCACCGCGAAAGAUCCGUACGACAAGCCCGACAAACCUGGAGCACCUGUCGCCACCGACUGGGACAAAGAUCGUAUCGACUUGGAAUGGGCUGCACCGAAGAAAGACGGUGGAUCGCCUAUUACGGGAUACAUCAUCGAGAAGAAACCGCGUUUCGGAUCGUGGGAGAAAGCUUUGGAGAUCGAGGGAGCAAAGACAAGUGCCAGGAUACCAGAUCUGGUCGAAGGUCAGGAAUACGAGUUCCGAGUGAUCGCUAUCAACAAAGCCGGGCCUAGCGAACCAUCCGAGGCGUCUUCUCCUAUCGUCGCGAAACCACGUUUCCUUGCCCCGUCGUUCGAUCCACACGCACUCAGCGAUCUGGUUGUCCGUGCUGGACAGAAGAUCAGCUACAUCAUUCCUAUCCAAGCAUCGCCGAAACCUCUUGCCACCUGGACCGUGGACGGAGCAGUUAUCAUGGCCGAUUCUCGCCACGAGAUGUACACUACUAAUACGGAAACCGUCUUCGAGAUACAGUUCUCCGUUCGCUCCGAUACCGGCCGUUACACUUUGACACUGGAGAACGAGCACGGGAAAUUCAGCGCGAGUGCUCGGGUCACCGUCCUCGACAGACCAUCGCCGCCGCAGAAACCGCUCGAGAUCACUAACAUCACCAAAGAAGGUUGCCACUUGACUUGGCGUCAUCCGACGGACGACGGAGGCAGCCCCAUCUUGCACUAUGUCGUUGAAAAGAUGGACUUGUCGCGUGGCACCUGGUCCGAUGCCGGUAUGAGCACGAUAUUGAGCCACGAAGUCGCGCGAUUGACGCACCGCAAAGAAUAUCUGUUCCGCGUGAAAGCUGUCAAUUCGAUCGGAGAAUCCGAUCCGCUCGAAGCGCCUAAGAGCAUCGUGGCGAAGAACGAGUUCGACGAACCUGACGCCCCUGGAAGACCACAGAUCACAGACUGGGACAGGGACCACGUCGACUUGCAAUGGCCUGCGCCAAGCAGCGACGGUGGUUCACCGAUCACUGGAUACAUCGUUCAGAAGAAGGAGAAGGGUAGCCCAUACUGGGUGAACGCGGUUCACGUUCCUCCUAACCAGACGAACGCGACCGUUCCUGAUCUCACGGAAGGACAGGAGUACGAGUUCCGUGUAAUUGCCGUUAACGCUGCUGGACAAUCGGAACCGUCGGAGCCUAGCGAUCUGAUCACUGCCAAGCCCCGUUACCUCGCUCCAAAGAUCAAGACACCUCUGCAAGACAUUCGAAUCAAGGCUGGUCUCAUCUUCCACGCGGACAUCGACUUCGUCGGCGAGCCUACUCCGGAAGUCAGUUGGACCGUUGGAAGCAGGGCACUGGAAACGAACGAGAGAACCACCGUUACCUCGAUCGGUUACCAUACGAUCGUUCACACCGUGAACGCGCAGAGAUCCGACUCCGGACUGUAUCACCUGUUGUUGAAGAACAGCAGUGGUAUAGACGAAGGUAGCUUCCAGGUGAUCGUCCUCGACAGACCAGGACCACCGGAAGGUCCUCUGCAGUACGAAGAAAUCACGAGUCAAUCGGUUACCUUGUCUUGGAAACCGCCUAAAGAUAACGGCGGUAGCGAGAUCACUGGAUACGUAAUUGAGAAGCGAGACUUGACUCACGGAGGCGGUUGGGUUCCAGCUGUGACCCAUGUCAAUCCCAAGUUUAACCAUGCCACGGUUCCGAGAUUGCUCGAAGGUACCACGUACGAGUUUAGAGUGUGCGCGGAGAAUCUUCAGGGACGCUCGGAACCUUUGACCACCGAUCACUCGAUCGUUGCCAAGAACCAAUUCGUUGUACCUGGACAGCCUGGCAAGCCGGAAUGCGUGGACGCGGACAAGGAUCACAUCAAGAUCAAAUGGAUGGCGCCGAUCAGCAACGGAGGAUCAAAGAUCAUCGGUUACGACGUGGAAAGACGCGAUCGUGCGACUGGUCGCUGGUUGAAACUAACCAAGGAACCAGCGAGAUACGCGGAAUACUACGACGACCAUGUGACCGAAGGUCAUCAAUACGAGUACCGAGUGACAGCUAUAAAUGCUGCCGGGUCGGGCAAACCUAGCGAUACGUCGUCCGUGUUCAUCGCGAAACCGAUGAAAGAGAAACCGAAAUUGAAUCUGGAUGCGCUGAUCGGACGGAAGAUCAAGGUUCGUGCCGGAGAACCGAUCAACGUGAACAUUCCAUUGUCUGGUGCGCCAACGCCUACCAUCGAAUGGCACAAAGAUGGAAGGGCCCUGGUCGAAACCCUGCGAAUAUCGACGGAAACGAAGAGCGACCGUACGAACCUGUUGGUCGAAAAAUCUGUACGAGAGGACGGCGGUGUCUACACCGUUACAGCGAUGAACGAAUACGGAAAGGAUUCAGCCGACAUCGAGGUUACCGUUGUCGACAGACCUGGGCCACCGCAGGGACCUCUUCAAUACACUGCCACCACGCAAGAUUCCGUGUCUCUGUCGUGGAACCGACCUGUGGACGACGGUGGAUCCGACAUCACCAACUACAUCGUCGAAGUAUCGGACUACGGAGCGGACAAUUGGCGCCAGACACCUGGAUACUGCCCGAGAACGAGCUACACCGCCAAAGGACUCACCGAGGGCAAGAAAUACGUGUUCAGAGUGCGCGCGGAGAACAUGUACGGCGUAUCGGAACCACUGGAGGGUAAACCCGUUAUCGCCAAGAGUCCGUACGAUCCACCAGAUGCGCCCAGUCAACCCGAGAUCCUUGGAUACACCCCGAACAGUUGCAGUCUUUUCUGGAAUCCGCCGCUCAAUACCGGCGGCAAGCCUAUUACCGGAUAUUACGUGGAAAGGCGCGAACGGGGUGGAGAAUGGCUCAAAGUCAACAACUAUCCAACUCCGAAUACAACGUUCACCGUGCAAGACCUUCACGAAGGCUCGAAAUACGAAUUCCGAGUUAUCGCUGUGAACGAAGCUGGACCUGGUAAACCCAGCAAACCAACCGAACCGAUCACCGCUGGACAUCAACGUCUACGUCCCGAUGCUCCCGAACCACCCAAACCUGACAGAAUAACGAAAGACUCGGUGACGCUUAGCUGGCGACCACCGCGCAGCGACGGCGGUGCCAAGAUCAGAGGUUACAUUAUUCAGAUGAAACAGAGAGGCCAGGACGAAUGGGACGACGUGAACGGUGCACUGAUACCGACCAACGUGUACACCGUGCCGAAACUAACGGAAGGAGAGGAGUACCUGUUCAGAGUAAUCGCAGUGAACGAUGUCGGCAACAGCGAUCCCAGCCGAGCAAGCAACCCGAUCGUGAUCGAAGAACAGCCCAACAAACCCGUGAUGGAUCUCGGAGGUGUCCGCGAUAUCACCGUCCGCGCUGGCGAAGACUUCUCGAUUCACGUACCUUACAUCGGUUUCCCAAAACCAACUGCCGCAUGGUACGCUAACGACGUCAUCAAAGACGAGACCGAUCCACGUGUGCACCAACAGUUGGGCGACGACUACGCUAGCCUGGUAGUGAAGAAUGCGAAACGCUCGGACGGCGGACAGUACCGACUACAGUUGCGCAAUUCUUCCGGCUUCGAUACCGCCACCGUGAACGUUCGAGUUCUCGAUCGUCCGAAUCCACCUCAGAAUCUUCACGCCGACGAGUUCGGUGGAGAUGCUCUCACGCUAUUCUGGAACCCGCCUAAAGAUAACGGCGGCGCCGAUAUCACCAACUACGUCGUAGAGAAACGCGAACCAAAGGGCACCUGGUCGAAGGUGAGCAGCUACGUGACAACACCGUUCGUUCGAGUGAGAAAUCUGAUAGUCGGAAGCGUGUACGAAUUCCGCGUGAUGGCGGAGAAUCAAUACGGCACUUCCGACCCUGUAACCACCAUGGACCCGAUCAAAGCCAGGCAUCCGUUCGACCCACCUGGAGCACCUGGAACUCCCAAGGGCGUUGAAACCACCGAAGACAGUAUCACGAUCACGUGGACCAAGCCUCGUCACGACGGAGGCUCUCCUAUCCAGGGUUACGUGAUCGAGAAGCGCCUGCUCAGCGAGGACAAAUGGGUGAAAGCGACCCCGUCCCUCGUUCACGAGACUACUUACAGAGUAACUGGCUUGAUCGAAAACCACGAUUACGAGUUCCGCGUUGCUGCUGAAAACGCGGCUGGUCGUGGACCGUGGAGUUCGAAUUCCGACGUGAUCAGAGCCAGUGCACCGCCGUUCCCGCCAAAGAUCACGUCCGACCUGAGCAUUCGCGACAUGACGGUGAUCGCUGGAGAACCGUUCACCAUCACCGUCCCGUACCAGGCGAAUCCGAAACCGAGACCAAGCUGGUCUAUAAACGGCGAGGAGGUCCUCACAGGUGAUAGAAUUAAGUUCGACACAACGGACGUCGCUUCGCAGUUCGUCAACAAGAAGGCCAAGAGAUCCGACACAGGAACGUACACCAUCUACCUGACCAACACCGUUGGCACAGACUCGGCUUCGUGCAAGGUUCUCGUUGUCGAUAAACCAUCUCCGCCGCAAGCACCACUGGACAUUUCCGACAUCACUCCAGAGACUUGUACGCUGUCUUGGAAACCUCCGUUCGACGACGGCGGUUCACCCGUUACCAAUUACAUCGUCGAGAAACUGGAUCCGGCAGGCUACUGGGUGAAGCUGAGCAGUUUCGUAAGGAACACACAUUACGACGUGAUCGGCCUCGAACCGAAUCGCCAGUACAACUUCCGUAUCCGUGCGGAGAACCAGUACGGAGUAUCGGAACCGUUGCAGGCUGACGAGCCAAUCACCGCGAAAUUCCCGUUCACGGUACCAGAACCUCCUGGACAGCCUCGCGUCAUCGAUUGGGACACGUCGAACGCUACGGUGGUAUGGACACGACCGAUGUCCGACGGCGGAUCCCGUAUUCAGGGUUACAAGAUCGAAUUCCGCGAUCCUGCCGACGACGCGACGUGGCGUGUGGCGAACGACUAUCUCGUCAAAGACACAACGUACAUCUGCUACAAUCUGCUGAGCGGGCACGAGUACGAGUUUAGAAUCCGAGCGAAGAACGCGGCUGGUUUCAGCAAACCCAGCCCACCUUCGGCUCCGUUCAAGCUGAAGAGCAAGUUCAACGUACCCUCGCCACCGGGCACACCGCAGGUGGUCAAGGUCGGAAAGAAUUACGUGGACCUGAAGUGGGAGGCACCGGUAUCGGACGGUGGCAGCCGUAUCACCGGCUACGUAAUCGAGAAGCGCGAAGUUGGAAGCGCGCUCUGGGCCAAGUGCAACGAGUACAACGUCACCGACACCGAAUACACCGUUCUGCAUCUGAUCGAACGCGGCGACUACGAGUUCCGUGUCUUCGCGGUGAACGCCGCUGGAAGGUCGGAGCCAAGCUCCUGCACCACGCCGGUCAAGAUCUGCGAGGUCGAAGGUGGCGAGAAACCGGAGUUCGUGCGAACUCUACCGAUCAGUACGAACGUGCCACUUGGCAAAACUCUGGUACUCGAGUGCGAGGCUACCGGAAAACCUUUACCAACCGCUUACAGGUGGCUAAAGAACGGCAGAGAGAUAACGGUCGGUGGUCGGUUCCGAACAGAGGCGUUCGACGGAAUUUACAGACUGGUGAUUUCCGAAGUAAUGAACGCGGACGACGGCGAUUACAGCUGUCAGGUCUCGAAUCCGCUUGGCACAGCCACGACCACGUGUCGACUGAAGAUCGGUUCUCCGCCGCAUAUCACGCGCAUGCCGGAUGAUCUGUAUCUGGCCGAGAGAGACAACACCAAGAUCAAGAUCUUCUACAGCGGCGAUCAACCGAUGGACGUCGUCCUGAAGAAGGACGGCCGCAAAGUGGUCGAGACCUCCCACAUCAAGUACACGGUGUUCGACGAGUAUCUGAUCAUCUUCAUCAAGGACAUCGAGAAAGACGACGCCGGCGUCUACGAUCUUUGCCUCUCGAACGACAGCGGCAACGUGAGCGGUUCGUUCAACGUCUAUAUUACCGGACUGCCUGGCCCGCCAACCGGACCCCUCGACGUCACCGACAUCGACAAACACACCUGCACUCUCACCUGGCAUCCACCUAAGGUCGACGGUGGGCUUCGCGUCACUCACUACGUCGUGGAGCGUCGCGACGUCAGUCUCACUCACUGGAUCAUCGUUUCGUCGUUCUGCAAGGAGUGCACGUUCAUGGUGCAAGGUCUGACCGAAGGACAAGAGUAUCUGUUCCGCGUGAUGGCGGUGAACGACAACGGGAUGGGCCCGCCUCUCGAGGGAACGAAUCCCAUCAAAGCGAAGGCACCGUUCGAUCCUCCAGGCCCGCCGGGAACACCGAAGGUAACCCAGGUUGGCGGAGACUUCGUAAACCUGUCGUGGGAGAGGCCAGAAUCGGACGGUGGCUCCAAGAUUCAGGGCUACUGGAUCGAGAAACGCGAGGCCGGCAGUCAGACCUGGCAACGCGUGAACGUCGCGAUCUGCCUGCCCACGCAGAUCAACAUCCCGAACCUGAUCGAAGGAAGGCAAUACGAGUUCCGCGUGUUCGCGCAAAACGCAGCAGGCCUGGGACCGGAAUCGAAAGCUUCCACGUCCGUGAAGAUCGCCGAUCCUCAAGCUGCCAAAGCCCCGGAGAUCAUCCAACCGUUGCACAAGGUGAACUGCGUGCAAAACCACAACGCCCACUUCCAAUGCAAGAUCAUCGGUAUUCCAAAGCCGACGAUCACCUGGUUCAAAGGUGCCCGCGAACUGGUCGGUGGAUCUCGAUACAACAUAUACUCGGAGGGCGACGUGCACAACUUGAUCAUUCACGAUGUCUUCGGGGAGGACGCGGACGAGUAUUUCUGUCGCGCUGUGAACAAAUGCGGCGUCAAGUCGACCAAGGGCGAGCUUCUGAUCAAGACUCCGCCGAAACUGAACGUACCACCGAGAUUCAGGGACACCGCGUUCUUCGACAAAGGCGUGAACGUCGUGAUCAAGAUUCCGUUCACCGGCUAUCCGAAACCAAAGAUCACCUGGGUGAGAGAGGGAGAGACGAUCGAGUCCGGUGGACAUUACACCGUGGAAGUGAAGGAGAGACACGCUGUUCUCACGAUACUAGACGGCAGCCGCAUCGACUCGGGACCCUACCGUAUCACCGCGGAGAACGAUCUCGGGCAGGACACCGCGAUCAUCAAGAUCCAGAUCAGCGACAGGCCGGAUCCACCGAGGUUCCCACAGGUGGACAACAUCGGCCACGAUUCGUUGGCCUUGAGCUGGAAACCACCGCUGUGGGACGGCGGCAGCAACAUCACCAACUACCUCGUCGAGAAACGGGAACACCCGAUGACCAGCUGGAUCAGAGUUGGAAACACCAGAUUCUGUUCGAUGGCGGUUACCGGACUCAGUCCAGGCCACCAAUACGACUUCCGUGUCUGCGCGGAGAACAUCUACGGUAGGUCCGAUCCAAGCGAGGUCACACCCUUGAUCACCACCAAGGGCACCGUCAAGAGAGAGUUCAAGCAGAAGGAGUACAAGGUGGACGAAACUGGAAAGAAGAUCCGUGGACGAAGCGACGAGAAGCCACGGGACUACGAUCAAUUCGUCUUCGACAUCUACAGCAAAUACGUGCCGCAGCCGGUUGAAAUAAAACACAUCUCGGUCUACGACAGGUACGACAUUCUCGAGGAGAUCGGAACCGGCGCGUUCGGCGUGGUCCAUCGUUGUCGCGAGAGAGCUACCGGUAACAUCUUCGCGGCAAAGUUUAUUCCUGUGUCCCAUGCGAUGGAGAAGGAACUUAUUAGAAAGGAGAUUGACAUAAUGAAUCAGCUGCAUCAUCCCAAGUUGAUCAACCUCCACGAUGCCUUCGAAGACGACGACGAGAUGGUCUUGAUCUUCGAGUUCUUAUCCGGCGGUGAGCUCUUCGAGAGAAUCACGGCGGACGGGUACACCAUGUCCGAGGCUGAAGUUAUCAAUUACAUGCGGCAAAUCUGCGAAGCUGUGAAACAUAUGCACGAGAAGAACAUCAUACAUUUAGAUAUCAAACCUGAGAACAUUAUGUGUCAGACGCGCAACAGUACCAACGUGAAAUUGAUCGAUUUCGGUUUAGCCACGAAACUCGAUCCUAACGAGGUAGUAAAGAUCAGUACAGGUACGGCUGAAUUUGCCGCGCCUGAAAUCGUUGAACGCGAACCAGUUGGCUUCUAUACGGACAUGUGGGCUUGCGGUGUCUUGGCCUAUGUUCUGUUGAGUGGACUUUCGCCGUUUGCCGGAGAUAACGACAUCGAAACGCUGAAGAACGUUAAAGCCUGCGACUGGGACUUCGACGAAGAAGCAUUCCGCGAUGUCUCCGAAGAAGGCAAGGACUUCAUCAGACGGCUACUCGUCAAGAACAAAGAGAAACGUAUGACCGCCCACGAAUGUCUCCUUCAUCCAUGGUUAACCGGUGAUCAUAGCAACCGUACAACUCCGAUUGCAAGCAGUCGAUACCUGAACUUCAGAGACAGGCUGCGAGCCAAGUACGAGAACUGGGAUAAAUACGUUCUUCCUAUUGGCCGACUGGCCGAAUACUCUUCGCUGAGAAAGUUGCUCAUCGACAAAUACAAGAUCUACGAUUCUUGCUUCGAUCGACGACAAGCGGCACCAAGGUUCGUGAUCAAACCCACCAGUGCGUUUGCAUACGAAGGCCAGAGCGUCAAGUUCACUUGCCGCGUGAUCGCGAUAGCCUCUCCGACGCUCACGUGGUUCCACAGCAACCAGGAACUCCGACAAUCGGUGAAAUUCAUGAAACGAUACCACGGGGACGACUACACCUUCAUCAUCAACAGAGUGAAAUUGGAAGACAGAGGAGAGUACGUGAUCAGGGCGGAGAAUCACUAUGGUUACAGAGAGGAAGUCGUCUUCUUGAACGUGCAACCGCUGCCGAUAGAGAUUCCAAAGUACAGGCCAGAACUGCAUCCAGUCAGAAGGAGAGAACCACUUGGCUACAACGUCUGGUUGGAGACGAUCGAAUCAGCGCCGAGCUUUACCUUCCUGCUUCGACCGCGUGUCAUCCAAGUCAGGCAAACGUGUAAACUGCUCUGCUGCCUCAGCGGCAAUCCACCACCGACGGUUAAAUGGUACAAGGAUAGGGAUGAGCUCUCGAAAUAUCAUUACGCGAUGACGCACGCGGACGGUGUUGUCACCAUGGAGAUAAUCGACUGCAAACCAGAGGACAGCGGCAAAUAUCGUUGCGUCGCGACCAACAUUCACGGAAAAGACGAAACUAGCUGUGUCGUCAUCGUUGAAGGCACUGGAGAAACUGAGGAGCAAGUUAAAUUAGCACACGACCUCCUACAUUCCGGAGAUCGAAGAUUCAUCGAACAACCACUGAAACCAGCACCACCACCGAUCGUCACGGUACACAAAGUCGGUGGAUACAGUGGAUACAGUUCCACUACCACGCAGGGCCACAAUUACAGUAGUACUACCGCUAAACACAAUUCCACCACUUCCUCCUCUUCGUCUUAUAAAAAAUACGGACUUGACUCUGCCGGCAGCCCGUCCCGUUCCAGGAGUACGACCAAGGAAUUAGUUUAUCCUCCGGAUGAUUCGAUGAGAGCACCGCAAUUUACCAAAAAAUUGUCCGAUCUCACUGUCAACGACGGAGAACAACUAGAACUUAGCGUAAAUGUUAACGGUGAUCCGGAACCACAGGUUACCUGGACCAAGAAUGGCAAGCCUCUGAGCUCGUCGGAGAUCAUGAGCUUGAAGUAUAAAGCCGGAGUCGCGACACUCGUUAUCAACGAAGUAUUCCCCGAAGAUGAGGGCGAGUACACUUGUCAGGCAAGCAACAGCAUCGGUACCGUAACUACCUCUUGCAAAUUAACGGUUAAACCUAUGGCGGGUGCAGCCGCGAAGAAAAAGACCGACGAUAAGCCUCCGAAAAUCGUGGACCAUUUGACCAGUAUGUUCGUAAAGGAUGGUGAAGCCGUCACUUUGAGCUGCCGAAUAAUCGGUGCGAAAAAGUUCGACGUGAUCUGGCUUCACAACAACAAGGAAAUCAAACCUAGCAAGGACUUCCAAUACACUAGCGAGGCCAAUAUCUAUAAAUUAAACAUAGCCGAGAUCUUCCCCGAAGAUUCUGGUACUUAUACCUGCGAGGCAUUCAAUGACGCAGGAGAGAGUUUCUCGUCGUGCACAUUAAACGUUCUUGUUCCAAAUGAGGAACCGAAGAGUCCAGUCUUCACGACAUUCCCUCAAUCUGCAACGGUAAGCGAAGGCGAAUCGGUUACGUUCGUAUGCAAGACUGAAACCGCGCCUCUGAAAGUAACGUGGUUGAAAGACGGAAAAGCACUCCCGGAAUCUAGCAGCAGGUACCUCUUCAGUUCAGACGGUGACAAAUCGUUCGAGUUGCGUAUUAAAGCUUGCACAGCCAGCGACAUCGGUCAGUAUGUUGCUCGCGCGAUCGGCAAAAAGGGUGAGACCAAUGCUGCUUUCGCUCUCAACGUUACCAACGAAUAGUAAAAUCGCUGAUUUUACACGUGAUAAAUCGCAACA